UCGAAUUCGUCAUUCAUCGUUCGUUCGCUUUGGCCGACAUCGCGGAGCGGUCAUUUUUUCGUGAUCUGCAAUUUUUGCCAACGAGAUACUAAGCUUAUAAUAAUACAAAAUGCCUAACCAGGUGUUAACUAUAGAGCCCCAAAAUGAACUUAAAUUUAAAGUUGAUUAUUCAGGACUGUUCGAGCAAGGGUGCACUACUUACAUGCGAUUGACUAACCCUUCAAAUGAUACAGUACUAUUCAAGAUAAAAACUACCGCCCCAAAGAAGUAUUGUGUACGCCCUAAUUCUGGAGUGCUUGAGCCAAACUCUAAAGUGGAAAUAGCUAUUACUCCCCAGCCUGUGUAUGUUGAUGCUAAUGAGAAACAUAAACAUAAGUUCAUGGUGCAGAGCGUGGUUGCUCCAGAGGGCAAGACCAACAUUGAUCAAGUGUGGAAGGAGAUCAGUCCAGAACAACUUAUGGAUUACAAGUUGAAGUGCGUGUUUGAAUCUCCACGCGGCCUUAAUGACGCCGGUGACAACGUCGCCCAAAACGAAGUGACCAAGAAACGCGUCGCAGUUGCUGACGAAGCGAAAUCUUCAACAAAGGAUGCCGUAGAAGGUCUAAUCCAGAACGAAGCAAAGCGGAGGGAUGAUGAUCACACUACAGGCGUGAAAACGACUUUGGCUUUCCCUAAGUCUGAGAAUGCGGAAACUGACUUGCAAAAGGCGACUUUAGAAGUUAUUGUUUUGAGGGAGGAAGAAAGCAAAUUAAGACAUGAAAAUCUGCAAUUAAAAGAAGAGCUGAUGCGCCUGCGCCAGUCGGCGGGCGGCGAGGGACGCGUGGCGCGCGCGCACUCGUACGGGCCGGAGAAGAGCGCGCAGGUGGCGCUCAUGCCCUGGGUGCUGACCGCCGUGGGCAUGGCGCUGCUCGGCAUCAUCAUCGGCAAGUUCCUCAUGUGAAUGGCCAACUAAGCCCCGCGGUCACCUUGACAUCGCCUCACAGAUACCGCUGUUACACCGCUCCCGAUGCAUCCCUCUCGCACAAGGCAGCUUACAUUUCUUUAUAGCGAACCUCCAAAGCUUCCGUCACUUGUGUUCCUUGAAGAAUUUAAUGUUUAACUUGAUCAGUCAUCCUCUCAUGUUACUAACAUAAAUGAUUUAACUUAGAUUUUUUAUAAACAGGAAUUUCAUUAAAAUCCUCUGAAUUCAACAAAGGCUAUCUAUUUGAUUAUACUUGAUAUUGAUAUAACGUUAAAGAAAUUCCUAUUUCCAUUUUAAAUAGUUGACAUGUUUGUUAAACUGUUAUUACUUAUUAAAUUGCUUUACCUUAUUCCAAGGCAACCAAUGUUUUCCUGUUAGUUUUUCUAUUAUUUGAUAAAUAUCCAGUAAUUUUAAAGCCAACCCGUUUUUUGACGAAAACAAGAACAUCACAACAACUUUGUAUAUAUUCACUGUUAAAAUUAUAUAAGGAUUUUCUUAACAUUACCUCUUUGAAAUACUCUCUAGUAUUUAUGCCAAGCCAUUCUUCCGAAGCUAAUCAUACCGGCCCUUAAGAUUUAUUUACAUUUAUCCAAAGCCAAUCAUUGCCCUGUCUUUCAAUAGUAAUUUGAGUGUGAGAUAGAUGCCUCAGGUGGCUUGUAGAACGACUCACUGAGCGGAGUUGCUCGACACGACAUCGUGUCGGCACCCGUCGCUCGAUUUACCUGCAGUUGUACAAUCCACCCCUAGAAUUGUUUAUAGGAACCAAACGUCUGAUUGUUCAUUUAUGCUCAUUGCUCCUCUAACCGUUGUAACUAUUGUCCGCGACAGGUUGACAUGGCAAGUUUCUAGUGAUGUGCCAUCAUAUAUUUGAUUAAAGCGUAUUAAUAAACGUUUAUUAAAGUCAGCUGUAAAGGCCUCAUCCUGCUUAUAAACAAAGUGAUCCUAUAAGGGUUCCGUUUUUUCCUUUUGAGGUACGGAACCCUAAAAACGUGAGGUGUGAAAGUAAUUUCUCUAAAUAGCAAAGAACCUAUCACAAUCAAUAUUAAACUAUCUCAUACUAUUGCUUCCACGAGGUCAACGCGAACUCGUCAAGCCCUAAGAUGCACAUUAACCUGACGCGGACCACACGAAGUUUUCGAUUGUUAUUAACUCGCAUAAUAAUAUUAAAGAAACUUACAAUAGAACUUAGCAAUUUACAUGUUAUUUCAUUAUAAGCAGCACUACUUAUAUGCGUUUCUGUUUAACAUAACGCUGGGACUGUUCUAUCUUGUCUUUGUCGCUUGACUGCAGCAUAAGUAUACCUGACUUGUAUCUGUUGUCACCAAUUGUGGAUUGGGGCAUUUUAUUCGGAUCGACUCGUUCACGCGUCUGUUCGCCCCAAUAUACAACGUGUUACAAAAAUAUAUAAAUAGUAAAUUAUCAUAGCCAAAAACAUCGCACAUUUAUCUCAUUUUAGUAAUACAUACAAUUCGAAACAUAUUAAACUAUUUCUGUAAAGUUGCCUUUUUAACAUAAAUUUGUUUGAUUUGAUUCAAUGAAAAAUUUAAUCUUUUUUUAUUACGUGGGGAAUCAAAAUCGAUAUCACGAUUUAAAAAUAAUGUUAAUUGACUCUUUAUAAGGGGGCCAUUCAACCGCCUUUCGGUUUCACGGGCACUUUUGUAACACCUUGUAUAUACAGUCAGAUAUAUAAACAUAUAUAUAUAGGCAUAUCUACCUUGUAUUCGAUAUUGAUAUUAGAUAUAUGACUAUAUAUAAUCGUGAACUACAGCACGGUGCUGUCAGUUUGUACAUUAUAGUUACGCAUUUUUAUUAACAGUGGUAUGAUGUCAGGGCAGUAGAUUGGUCAAUAGAAUUAUUAUAAUAUAUAUAUAUAUUAUAGAUAUUUUAUUUUGCGUAGUUUAUUUACUUAUAAUAAAGUUGUAGCUAUUUUUCUUGAUAAAGCUGGAAAGAUCUUAUGCAUAUUAAACGUGAUGUAAAUGUAGUAUAGCAUGCGAUCUUUUACAUUACAAUGUCGACAUAAUUAAUUUUUGCCAUUAAGAAAUGAGAGUAAUUACUUUGGCAAGGUACCAAUAAUUUAUCAAGAAAACUGAGUUACUUUAUGCGGCUUGCCAAAUGUGCUUGUCGGCAUUUAUACUAAAUUGAUUAUAAAAUUAGUGUAAUCUUGUACACGUUCUGUGACAAAGCAACAAUUUACAGCUUUUGAAUAAAAUACAAGGUAAUGAUGGAUACAGUUGACGAAGUUGUAUUCAAUGUCAGGCACCAGUCCCGAAGAAGCAGUGUGCUUUGUGUCAUCACUUACACUCAUAAUAUUGUGUGAUCAGAGAAACUUGAUUGCCACUGCUUUGUGAAGCCGUAGAGUGGGCACGUGUGUUAUGUGAGGUGCGUGAAGUGCCAUCAGUGGUCCCCAGUGGGCCGGUGUCAGCUACACCCUUCAUUGCCUUAAGUACACAUAGAUUUAUAAUGUAGUCAAGGUUUUUACAGUAUUCAGAAAUGUUUUAAGAGUUUUGGAACUGUAGUUUGGUGCCUCAAAAACAUGGCGUAUUAGACUAAAUUGGAGAGAUUGUUAAGCCACCAUUGUUACACAUAAUGUAUUUGUAAAAUUAUGUACCAUUAUAACUUUAUUAAAAAGACCUUGAGGUACAAACUACAUAGAUAACGAGUAAUUUUGGAAAAGGUUUUAAAUAUUUCUUUGAUUUAGUGAAAUACUCAUGCAUUAUUGUCGAAAAUUAAAUUACUAUGAAAAUAGUUGAGGUUAGGUAUACCUAGCCUCAAAAAUAAAAAAAUGUAACUACGGUAUUUUAUUUUAUAGUCAGCCGUAAAUGUGCAGGCAAUAACUUAAUACAACAAAAAACAUUGUUAUCAGUUACUACGUUUUAGGAUAAUCCUUAAUUUCUGUUUUUCUAUGUAUAUUUCAUCGUGCAUAAAUAAAUAUCAUUUUAAACUAAACAGAUUUAUCGUUAAUAUAAUUAUUGGCUUAUAGCAAAACAAUCUGUGUGUGAAUAAACUUACGUCAAAUAUACAUUACGUUGUGCAAAAUAUAAAUGUUAGUACUACGUAUUGUUAAUAUUAUUUAUAAAUAAUGAAUGUAAGCAUAUGUGACUAUUCGUGAGGACACACUAAACGUUAUCUUCUUAUUCCGGAGCCCUGAGCUUAAACAUACGGCCAUUUACUUGAAGUAGCGCAAAUUACGGCACUGUACACACUGAAACCACACUGUAUAGCGCAGCACGCACGUCACCUGUAAUCUGCGCUGCACGCAUUCGACGACUAGUGCAUGACGAUGUUCUAGCUAGACGCAUGCUCGAAUUUACGGCUGCAGCGGCAGCUUUCAUCAUCAAAGCGUAGCGUUGGUUUCAGUGUGCUAUUCGCCUCAAAUACAUUAUAGGUACCGUACCUACAUCACAAUAUUAAGUCAUUAUGUUUGGUACGUAGUUGUCGUCAGACAUACAAUAUCCAGCAUUGAAUACUUAGGAAUUAAUGUAAUAUAUGACGUGUUAAGUGGAAAACAUAGCGUAAUAAAUCAUACUUAACUUGUAUUUUGGUGUAAAAGUGGAUGAAAUUGUCUUGUCAUUAUUUUCAACUUUCUACUGUGGCUUUUGAAAUGAUCAUAUUAUGAGCCCGUAGUCUCAAUUAAUUCAUUUGUACAAAUUCUUAAAAAUAGAUAUUUAUAUACUUCCAUCAUUGAACCUUGGUAAACAUGUGAGAAGUUACAGUGUCAAGCAUCCCCGCGAAAGUUGCCAUUUGGGUUUUAUUUGUGACUUACAAGAGCAUAUUGGCUGGUUCCGAUCUGUAAGCAAUAUUCACAUGACGAUGUUAUUUUAUAAAUACAUUCUGGUUAAACUUUGACAUCAAAAAUUUGUUAACAACGAAUUUUAAGUUUAUUUAUUUUAAGUGCACAGCGGGAGUGACAAACAGUGAGGAUACUCGCUUUUAUCAAACGAUUUGUUAAAAAUACGGCCUGGUCUGGCCUUAGCUGAGCUUUACACUGUUUAUCGUAGUUAUCAUAUGCGACAAUCUUUUAGAAAUGGACUAGGUAUGCAACUCCUUUAUUUAUUACGAAUAUGAACGAUAUUGAAAUAACUUGUUUUGUUAUAUAUUACGAUUGAUGUAGUAUUCAUAUUAAAGCUCAGCUAGUGUCGAACUGAGAUACGAGGUGCGAAGUGAGGAUUGUAUGAGUGAAAAAAUUGGUAGUACAACCGUGGCUCAGUUUGAACCUCACGGCUACUAUUCCAUAAUAAAAUAGGCGUCAUCAUGUCAUGUUUCAUAGCACAUUUAAUCGUAGUUUUGUGUCAAUAUAUUUAGAAGAAUUUCACUCUUGUUUAUGGCAUUUUUACUUUUCAUUUGUGGUGGUUUUUUUAAAUAAUUAAUGCCUAUAAACAGAAUGUUCCAGUGUAUUUUGUGUAUCUCUACAUCAUCUAGGUAAGAUCGGACUUAACAUGUACUGUACAGACAAAUAAGAACUUGACCAUUAUUAUGUAUUGCAUGUAAUUGCCUAAAACUUUAUACUGAAUGUGUUACCAAAGACAGCCCUCAGUCAAAGGCUGUCCAAACCACUGGCCUCGGACCGCGUUCGGUCACCUCUGUGCGGUCCGCUGAGUAUUUUUAAAUAAAAUUUUAAUUUCUAAAGAUCUACCGUCUUACUACAAAAACUUUUAAACGUCAGUUUAAGACUUGUCUAAAAAAAUGUCAGAUUAUGACGUUGAAUAUGGUUCAUUUUGCAGCCACAAUUUUUUUAGACAAGUGUAAAACAGAUGUUUAAGUUUUUGUAGUAAGGCCAAUAAUGUUUAAAAAAAACUUUUUUUAAAGGAAAGUGAAAUAACGAGCAUAAAAUUAAUGUGCCCAGAUCUUUUGGGGCGAAUAAAUUUACUUCAGCGUCGGAUCUCUUAGUUUCUAAGCCAACAGAAGAUAUUAAUCUCAACAACAUCGUACAUAUUGAGAUACUAUACAUUUUUUAACUGGUAAACAAACUUUAAAAAAAUAACUUGUAUUUAUUUAUCUACAUUAAAAAGCUGUAAAAUAUAUUAUAUAGAAGCAAAAUUGCUGAAAAAAAUAAUUGUUUUUUUUUUUUGUAUUUUAACUGUUCUUCUACAGCCCUCCUACCUGGCCCUCAAACUAACAAAAAAUCUCAUUGUUUUAAGUAAUUAAACCUUAUUAUAGACUGGGGUAUCUUGUAUUUUCUAAGGGUUCAUUAGCUGAGCCGUAGGCAUAGGACGUCCAAUGCUUAUGAUAGGCUUCCCGCAUGAAUGAAGAAAUAAGAUUAUUUAUUUGCUUAAAGGAUGAAAGUAAAUUUAUUAUGCACAAAUAAAAAAACAUAUUGUAACUAAUUUGUGCGGCCCUCUAACUUAUUUAGCGGCUUGUAUUUUCCCGCGAUCACAUCUGGUUUGGACAGCCCUGACUUAACAGACUCGCAUUAUGUAAAUGCUAGACCUACUUAUAACAAGAAACACAGUACCUACCUACUUGGGCGCAUUUAAUUUCGUUAGGCAUUUUUUCAACUCAAAAUGUGUUAUAUUUUGUAUCAUAGAAACAUGUUAACAUGCAUUUUUUGGUAUUGACGAUAGAUAGACUAUGCAACAUAGCGGUAGUGUGUUCUGUGAAAUAGCCUAUUGAAAUUUUUGCAUCCAUGUGUCAUAAACCUGCAGAUCUUCAUGUUAUUUUUAGGAGAUGAUGUAUUGGUAUAAGGACAUUUAAUUAUCAAUGCGUAGGGUUAUUUUUAAAUUAACAAUAGAAAACUUUGAAUUAAUUAAAAUUUCCGUAUGGUAUUGUUGUUAUAUUGUACUAUUAUGCUAUAUUGUAUCGUUUUAUCUGAAAUAAAAGACUUAAUUUAUGACUA